AUGAGUGCCUCGCCAACUGUCCGAUCCGGACUCAACGUCGUCCGCCAUAUCGUCCCUGCUUCAACCCCCUCCUUCAAACUCGCAUGCAACACCUACCGCCGCACCACCCCUCUCCCCUCCCCUACCAAAGCAACUCCCCCAAUUAUUUUCGCACAUGCAAACGGGUUCCAUAAAGAGAUUUGGGAGCCGGUCAUCAGCCGACUGAGCCAUCCCUGGGCCAACAGUGAGAUGUAUGCCUUUGACUGCAGGAACCAGGGCGAUAGCGCCGUCCUCAACAAGGACAUCCUUGAAAAGCAUUUCGACUGGUACUCGUACGCGCAUGACAUCCUCCAAGUCGUUGACACCUUUGACCUCAAGAAGGCCGUCGGUGUCGGACACAGCUUCUUGGCGGAGAUGAUGCGUCCAGGCACGUUCUCUGCAAUUGUUGCCAUCGACCCCACCAACUUCCCCAAGGAGAUCUAUAUGAGCGCCUCCAUCGAAGAUAAUCCCAUGGCCCAGCUCACUCUCAAGCGACGCGACACCUGGAAAAGCAGAGAGGAGUGCAAGGCCAACAUGUUGCAGAAGAAGUUCUUCAAGGCGUGGCACCCCGAGGCAUUGGACCUCUACAUCGAACACGGCAUGCUUGAUGUUGUGAAUGAGGAUGGAUCAACAGGAAUCACACUCAAGUGCCCCAAGUACCAGGAGGCGACCACGUUUGCCUGUGUGGGUACUGGUCUGUACGACUCUUUUGAGGGGAUGAGUGAGAUCCAGAUCCCUAUUCACAUUGUCUCUGGCGAGGAUUCCGAUAUCAAUUUUGAGGAGUUGGUCAAGAUGAAACUUGCACGCUGCAAGUAUGGUUCCCUUAAGGUUUUGAAGGGUGUCGGCCAUUUGUUGAGCUUGGAGAAGCCUCAAGAGACCGCUGACCAGAUCUCGGGCUUCUUGGACAGAGCGCUUGAGUCGCCUGUUGAGCUGGAGCAGCUCAAGGCCAGACUUUAA